AUGCUGUUGUUUUCGAGUUUCGUUCUCUUGGCCUGGACAGUUUCCAGAGCCAUAGCAUCUUUCAGUGUUUAUCAAUACUACGAUCCCGGUACAUUGGAAUCCAUAUAUGGGCUCUCAACUGGAUGUAUGGCUGCAGUGAAUACAAGAAUCAAUUGUGAUUCAAGCCUAACAAAUCUAGCAGCACAGGGUGUAGACAACACGUAUUGUACAACAUCCAUGGCGAACUGGCUAAGCGCCGUUGAGGCCCAGUGCGGUUCGGAAGGCAUGAUAUUUGGAGACAACGUCGUUGAUCCCCGUUUUGUGCCGUAUACCUUCAUCGAGAACUACGAUGUGGCAUGUCUGCAAGACUCCUCUGACAAUUGGUGCUACUUGGAAUCCGAAACAUGGCAGGGAAGUAACUACAUCACGUGGAAUGCAGAUACUUGCUACAGUGAUGAUCCGCCUGUGGAGUGUCAGGAUCCGACUUGGACACCAGCUAAUAUCAGUGCAAGCAUGUCUUCAGUCAUCAACUUGUAUAACUCUAGUCUAUAUUGUUCUGAAUGUUUUCUCCUCAUGUGGAGACAGAGACUUCUCUCUCCUCGCCUAGCUGCCAGCGAGUUUACGGACUACCUCAUUGCCCAAUUUACAGAUCUCCAGGGAAACUGUUCAACGUCAAUGUCUCUCACAACAUCCGCAGCGACUUUAUUUCUUACUGUCGGCGCAACAGCAACCACCACGUCUGCAGUGUCGACGACAUCGGGCUCGGUAACAGCAACAUGUGCGGGACAAAUUAUACCUGUUUCCAACCCUCCGCUUGGAUGCAAUCCGCUUUCUGACUUGUAUAAUGUGACCACGGGCGAUCUUCGGGCUGCUACUAAUGACUAUAAUUGUGAGAUUACUGCGCCAAUAUGUGUCCCUUUGCCUUGCGAGAUUGAAGUGAUAUGGGGUGGGAUGUGUUCUGAAAUUGCUGCGGGACUUUCCACAACAACUACAGCUUUCUUGAACUGGAACCCGAAGAUUCAGGGCAGUUGUGACAAUCUGGCUGUUGGUCAGCGGAUAUGUAUCUCCACUCCAGGAAUUCAAUUCGUUCCCAAUGGCACUGUGUUUGCUCCAACAUCCGUCGGGGAGUACUACAGCACAGCAACUCCGGCAGAGCCAACCCAGUCUGGUUCGAUUGCUAACUGUGGCUUAUACUACAACGUUGUUGCAGGUGAUACGUGCAACCAGAUUGCUCUGGUAUACGGGGUCACAUUUGCGCAGCUGCAAUUGUGGAAUACUUACCUCAACGAUGAUUGCACAAAUCUGUGGUUAGGCUACAACUACUCAACAUGCGUAGGGUCAGACUUUGGCACCUGCUGCUCUAUAUAUGGAGCCUGUGGCUCAACUGAUGCGUACUGUGGAGCUGGAAACUGCUAUAGCGGCGCAUGCAACGACACUGCCACUGGCAUCAGCACAACGGGAGAGUGUGGCCCCAGUUACAACUACACCAUCUGCACGGGAUCGAAUUUUGGCGAUUGCUGUUCGAUCUAUGGCUAUUGCGGCUCUACGUCCGAUUACUGUGGACCAGGAAACUGCUACUCCGGCAAUUGUGACCCUGAUAUUGGCGGACUGAGCACAACUGGAGAAUGCGGACCGCUGUUUGCUGGUAACAAGACCUGCACUGGAACUCAAUUUGGGGUUUGUUGCUCCACCUCUGGGUACUGUGGGAAUUCUUCCGACUAUUGUGGCGUUGGUAACUGCUAUGAUGGAGCUUGUGACACAGGGUCUAGCUCUCCGACUUCCUUGACAGCUAGCUCUAGUAUCGCUGAGACAGCAACUAACCCCCCUGGACCAACACAAUCAGGUAUCACUAGUGCCUGUACUGAGUAUUAUUUAACCGUUACCGGCGACUCUUGCGCGUCAAUUGAGGCGGCAUAUAAUAUCACGUUUGCCGAAUUCUAUGCCUGGAAUCCAGCAAUCGGGAGUGACUGCACAAAUCUUUGGCUUAGUGAGGCAUAUUGUGUUUCGGUGUCAUAA